CUCGCGGCGCCGCCGCGGACGCACCGUCAGUCGCCGCGCGGAAACGAAAAGUCGAAGCGCGUCCGUCGCGCUCCGUCCGUCGCGCCCGCCGCCAUGUCCGCCGCGAAGGCCGCGACGAAGGUGGCCGCGACCGCCGCGAAGUGCGUCUCCGCGCCGCUCAAGCCGGGAUGGCAGUACUUCACCGCCGGGUGCGGGACCUGCGCGGGGUCGCUCAGCGCGCUGACCGGGUUGGGCGGCGCGGUCGUCUUCGUGCCGACGUGCUCGAAGCUCGGGAUGACCGCGAAGAAGAUCGUCGGCACGACCGUCGUCGCGGUGACGUGCGCGACGACCGCGGGGUCGUACGCGUACGCGUCGAACAACGUGACGGACAUCCCCGCCGCGAUCGCGAUCGGCGUCGUCGGCGCGGCGACGACGCCGUUCGGGCAGAUGAUCGCCAAGCGAAUCUCCGGAAAGACGCUGCGCAAGUGGUGCGGCGGCGCGUUGCUCAUGUGCGCGCCGACGGCUUUCGUCAAGAAGAAGACGCACAAGCCCGUGCCCGGACACCCGGAGCUGGACGAGCCGGAGGGGUCUCCGAUCAUGGUCGGGGACUCGCGGCCGGGAGGCGCCGCCGCGCUCGCGCUCGCGGGGAAAGCGGACGAGCUCGUCGCGAAGGGGGGCAUCCUCGCGUAUCUGAACAAGGCGCGUUCUGGUUCGCACCGGUUCCCAUACGACCGCUCGGCGGCUGGUCUCGGCGGCGUCGGCGCCGCGGACGGGAAGGAAACGAGCUCGGGCCCGCGAGGGAUAACCUCAUCUAAACCGCCGCCGCCGGUCGCGAGGAGCGUGGACGAGCGGGGGGCGAUCAUACGACACGUCGGCGGCGCGUGGGCGCGCGUGCGGACGAGCGCGCGGCGGUCGGACGGCGAGGCGGGCGACGCGAAGGAUGAUGACGACUCGCGCGACAACCCGCGCGUCGUCGCCGGCUCCCCCGCGGAGUCGUCGAAGACGCGCGGGGGACAGGACGGCGGCGGCGGCGGCGGCGGCGGCGACGCGACGACGACGACGGAGGUUGGCAAGAGCGGCAACGCGUGGAUCAACAUGAAAGAGCAGUUCCAAGAGCGGUUAGACAACGCGAACGGGUCGUGGACGGAGGCGUUGAUCGCCGAGCGCGAAAACUUCCUCAUCGGCCUCGCCGUGGGCAUGAUCCAGGGCACCGUCGGCGUCGGCGGGGGCGUCCUCGUGACGACGUACAUGUCCAUGUUCAGCGACAUGGAGGUGCAUCGGAUAUGCGCGACCGCGCUCAUGGCGACGCUCGUGACGAACACCGUGGUGGUGACGCAUCAUCUGCGCGAGGGCAACGUUCGGAUACGCGUCGCCGCCGUGCUCGGCGCGACGGCGAUGGCGGCGAGCUACGUCACGGCGAAGAACGUCAGCCUGAGCGUUCCGGAGACGGCGAUCCGGGGGUUCAUCGCGAGCGCGCUGGUCGCGAGCGGGGCGAGCAUGUUGCGGUGACGCGGGUCCGGACGACGGGCGGGGCGGAUGCGUUACAUUGUAUUUCUUUUGCCCAAACCCGAAUCCUCCGCCGCGACGGUCGCGCGCGUCCGUCGCGGCGGCGCGACCUGACGCGUCUCGUGUUCGCGCGGUCGACGCCGGCGGGGGGUCGCGCGGGGGCGACGAAAUCGUCGCCUCGAGUGCGCGCGCCUCGGGUCUCGAUCGCGGCGCGCGUCGUUUUUGUAAUACGGAGCGGAGCGUGCAACGUC